GUAGCCGCCGUUCUUGAAGCCUCCAUGGCUACUCUGCCCAGUUCCGAUCGGAGGGCCUUUGCCCUGAAAAUCAACAGGCAUUCCUCAGCAGAAAUAAGACGGCAGUUUGUGCAGCAACUAUCCUUUGGACCCUUCUGUCAGCGAAGUAAUAGUACGCCUGGUUUUUCUUCCAUUAAUCUGCCUCAGUUUUAUGAUGCUGUAGAACCAGUGGAUUUCGAAGGUCUCUUAAUGAUGCAGCUGAAUAGCCUAGAUUCAGAUCUCUUGCAAGAAUUGGGUGAUUUUCCUGAAGAUGAUUUGGAGGUAGUUUAUGCUGCAAAGGAGCAUAGAACCUUGGAACCAUCAUUACCAGAAGAAAAGACUGAAUUGGAUUUACAUGUCCGGGACUGUGUUCAGACUUAUAUUCGUGACUGGCUGAUUGUGAAUCGAAAAAAUCAAGGAAGCAAUGAGGCGUAUAACUUUAUGAAAACAGGAUCCAGGACAGAUUUCCACAAAAGCCUUCAAAAGCAAACAUUUGAGUCUGAAAUGUUGGAUUUUCAUGAUUCCAGUUAUCAGACAGGUCCCAGGCGCUUAAAAGUCCUCUGUGAUGGAUCCAAUAAAACCACCUUGACAUCUGGAGAAAUUUGCCUGCGCAGCCUACCGCUUGAUCCCCGAUUGACCAACCUAUUGCAGACUGCUAAAGCAGAAGACAUUCAAAGGCAAAAUGAAGAGGCACGGAAAACCAACCGGCCUACUGAGUUGUUUGCUCUGUAUCCCGGUAUAGAUGAGGAGGAUUCUGUACAAAUACGACCAAUACCUGAAUGCCCAAAGGAGUAUCUAGGUAAUAGGAUAUUAGUGAAAAUACAGACACUGAAAUUUGAAAUUGAAAUCGAGCCAUUAUUUGUAACCUUAGCUCUUUAUGAUAUAAGAGAAAGGAAAAAGAUCUCUGAAAGUUUUCAUUGUGAUUUGAACUCUGAACAAUUUAAAGGGUUUUUGCGAUCCCAUACACCAUGUAUUGACUCCUCCACUCAGGCAAGGGCUGCUGUAUUUUCGGUAACAUAUCCUUCAUCAGAUAUCUAUCUUGUGCUGAAGAUUGAAAAAGUCCUUCAGCAAGGAGAAAUUGGAGAUUGUGCAGAACCCUACAUCUUUCUAAAAGAAAGUGAAAGUGGAAAGACUAAAGAAAAGAUUGAGAAAUUAAAACAACAAGCAGAGAACUUUUGUCAACGUUUAGGAAAAUACCGCAUGCCUUUUGCUUGGAUACCUAUAAAUUUAGCAAGUUUCUUUAGUAUUCCAACACUUGAGAAAGAUAUAGCUGAGUUAGAAGUUUUAAAUGGAAAAGGGUCUUGUGGCGAUCGAAAAAUGUUGACACUGCCAUGUAGAAGAUUUUCUGAAAGAAGCCUUGGCUCAGAUGACAUUCCUGGCCCAGUGAACUUCAGAACCACCACUCUAACUCUCAACACAUUUUUUAAACAGGAAGGAGACAGGCUUAGUGAUGAAGACUUAUUCAAGUUUUUAGCUGACUACAAAAGGUCUUCGUUGCAGAGAAGAACAAAAUCUAUACCAGGUUUGCUUAAAUUGGAGAUAUCCCCUGCAUCAGAAGGCCUCAACUGUUGUCUCAGCCCAGAACUGUUACAAGUAAAGCCAUUAACUGAGAAUCGCAGCCGUAUUCAUAAAGAGAUUUUGGAGUUUCCAGUACGAGAAGUCUAUGUGCCCUAUACUGUAUAUAGAAAUCUUCUUUAUGUGUAUCCACAGCGGUUGAAUUUUGUAAAUCGCUUGGCUUCAGGACGAAACAUUACCAUUAAAAUUCAAUAUAUGUGUGGAGAAAAUCCUUCCUGUGCAAUGCCGGUGUCCCGAUUUUUAUGAAGAAGUGAAAAUUAAACUACCCGCUAAACUGACAGAAAAACACCAUCUGUUGUUCACAUUUUACCACAUCAGCUGUCAGUCAAAACAAGGAGCUUCUGUAGAAACUCUCCUGGGUUAUUCAUGGCUGCCAAUUCUGUUAAAUGAUCGGCUCCAAACAGGACAUUAUUGCCUGCCUGUUGCUUUGGAUAAACUGCCUGCCAACUAUUCAAUGCACUCAGCAGAGAAAGUUCCUCCACAGUCUCCUCCUAUUAAAUGGGUAGAAGGACACAAGGGAGUGUUUAAUGUGGAAGUGCAAGGUAUAUCAUCAGUUCAUACCCAGGACAAUCACCUGGAGAAAUUCUUCAUCCUGUGUCAUGCACUUGAAUGCCCAGUUACUUUCCCCAUCCGAGUGUUGAAUGAGAAAAUCGCAGAAGGCAAUCUGGAACAUGAGCUGAAACUCAGCAUUAUUUGCUUGAAUUCUUCCCGCCUUGAGCCUCUGGUGCACUUUUUACACUUGGUGUUGGAUAAACUGUUCCAGUUAACUGUCCAGCCCAUGCUUAUAGCUGGCCAGACAGCAAACUUCUCCCAGUAUGCCUUUGAGUCAGUGGUGGGAAUAGUAAAUAGCCUCCACAACAGUAAAGAUCUGAGCCAAGACCAACAUGGGCGAAACUGUCUCCUAGCAUCAUACGUGUACUAUGUGUUCCGUCUUCCUGAAGUUCAGAAAGAUUUUAUCAAACUAGGUACAAGUGGAAGCACAAAUCUUCCUGAAUCUCGUUAUUACACAUAUGGCCGUACGGCUGCUGUCUCAGUGGGAUCUCGACUCUUGCAGAGUCGGACAACAAGCUGUAGCAAUCCAGAUAUUGCUGGGAUCCAGCAUGCUUCUGAUGAAGAAGUGAAAAGCAUCAUGUCCUCAAAGGUUGCAGAGCGGAACUACAGCCGUGUGUCUUUCUAUAGUGAAUCCAACAGUGAUAUGUCAAAUCCCCGCACAAGCGCUCGCCUACCCAAACAAAAGCAUUUUCAUGAAGAGAUCGCACUUCAGAUGGUGGUCAGCACAAGCAUGGUGAGAGAAGCAGUCUUCAAGUAUUCUUGGUUCUUCUUUGAAUUGCUGGUAAAAAGCAUGGCUCAGUAUGUUGACAAUGUACAGAAGCAGGAUGUUCCCCGCAGAGCUCGAUUUUCCAACCGCUUCAAAGAUGACAUCACCACAGUUGUCAGUGUUGUUACCUCAGAGAUUGCUGCACUUUCAAUGAAGACUCAGAAGGAAAGUGAACAGGCAGAAAAGAUCAACAUUAGCUUGGCAUUUUUCCUGUAUGAUCUUCUUUCUUUAAUGGAUCGUGGAUUUGUGUUUAACCUCAUCAAACACUACUGCAAUCAGCUGUCAAAUAAAAUGAGUAAUAUCCCAGUGUUGUUGUCCAUGAGGCUGGAGUUCCUACAAAUUCUCUGCAGUCAUGAACAUUACCUCAAUUUGAAUUUCUUCUUUCUGACUUCAGGAUGUGCUCCAACAUCACCCUCUCCUUCUAUAUCAUCCCAGAAUUCAAGUUCCUGCUCAAGUUUCCAGGAUCAAAAACUUGCCAGCAUGUUUGAGCUUACAGCAGAAUAUCGGCAGCAGCAUUUCAUCACAGGGUUACUUUUCACAGAGUUGUCCGCUACCUUGGAUGCAGAAGGGGAAGGAAUAAGCAAGGUGCAGAGGAAAGCUGUCAGCGCUGUCCACAGCUUGAUGAGUUCACAUGACUUGGAUAAAUCCUGUUUGAAGCCAGAAAUGAAAGUGAAAAUUGCUGCACUUUAUCUGCCUCUGGUUGGCAUAAUUCUGGAUGCCCUUCCUCAAUUACAUGAUUUUACAGUUCCAGAUGUUCACAAUGGGAAAGGCCGUGCUGCAUGGCCAGAUGAAGAACAAGAAUCAGCAAACCAGAUUUGCCACAAUAUUGCUCUGGCUAUUGCUGGGAAUCAGUUUAAUUUACGGUCUUCUGGCUCCUCUACGCUUGCAAUGUCCUACAAAUCAUACAACACAUUAAGUCCUGAGACAACCCGUCAUCUUUUGAUCUGCUUCCUGUGGAUCAUGAAAAAUGCCGAUCAGAACCUUAUUCAGAAAUGGAUUGCAGAUCUUUCCUUUCAACAGCUGAACCGGAUCUUAGACCUUCUUUUCAUCUGUGUCUCAGGCUUUGAAUACAAGGGCAAGCAAAGCUCAGACAAAGUCAGUACUCAGGCCCUCAAGAAAUCACGAGAUGCCAAAGCUCGCCUGGAAGAGGCAUUGCUGAGGGGAGAGGGGGCCAGAGGUGAAAUGGUGAAGCGGAGCAAACUCCUUGCUGGGAAUGAUAGAUUCCCAGGGUCGAAUGAGAACUUACGAUGGAGAAAAGAGCAGACACAGUGGCGGCAACCAAGCGAAAUGCAAGAUAAAACAAAAACUGAGAUUGAUCAAGAAUCUCUGAUUAGUGGAAACUUGGCUACAGAAGCUAAUCUGAUCAUCUUAGAUAUGCAAGAGAAUAUCAUCCAGGCAACAUUAGCUAUGGAUUGCAAGGUGAACAUCUUUGGAGGUGUGUUGAAGGUCUUCAUAAAUUCUCUGAGCUAUGAUCAGAGCACAACUUAUUUGACCCAUUGCUUUGCAACCCUCCGAGCAUUAAUUGUCAAGUUUGGAGAGUGGCUCUUUGAAGAAGAAGUGGAGCAAUGUGCUGAUCUCUGCCAGAAGGUCCUGCAGCACUGCAGUAGCAGUAUUGACAUUACUCGUGUUCAAGCUUGCGCCACGCUUUACUUCUUGAUGAGAUACAGCUUCAGCUCCAUCAGUAACUUUGCAAGAGUGAAAAUGCAAGUGACAAUGUCCCUGGCAUCUCUGGUUGGUAAGACUUCAGAAUUUAAUGAAGAAUAUCUCAGAAGGUCAUUACGGACCAUUUUGGCAUAUGCAGAGGAAGAUUUAGAAAUGCAAUCAACUUUGUUCCCAGGACAGGUGGAAGAAUUGUUGCACAAUCUGAAUUGCAUAUUAUCAGACACAGUAAAAAUGCGACAGUUUCAAGAAGACCCAGAGAUGCUUAUGGAUCUUAUGUACAGGAUUGCCAAAGGGUAUCAGACUUCACCUGACUUAAGGCUUACCUGGCUUCAGAACAUGGCAGAGAAGCACACCAAGAAGAAAUGCUAUACUGAGGCUGCCAUGUGCCUCAUUCAUGCUGCUGCUCUUGUGGCAGAAUAUUUGAGCAUGUUAGAGGACCAUAGCUAUCUGCCGGUUGGAAGUGUCACUUUCCAGAAUAUUUCCUCCAAUGUCCUAGAAGAGUCUGCUGUUUCAGAUGAUAUUCUGUCUCCAGAUGAAGAUGGCGUUUGCUCAGGAAGAUAUUUCUCAGAGCACGGGUUGGUGGGACUGCUGGAAAAUGCUGCUGAGCUUUUUAACACUGGAGGAUUGUAUGAAACCGUCAAUGAGGUCUAUAAGAUUGUCAUCCCCAUUUUGGAAACAAAUCGAGACUUUAGGAAACUUUCUUCUGUUCACAGUAAACUCCAAAAGGCUUUUGAGAGCAUAAUAAAUAAGGGUCAAAAGAGAAUGUUUGGGACCUAUUUCCGUGUUGGUUUCUAUGGAGCCAUCUUUGGAGAUCUGGAUGAACAGGAAUUUGUUUAUAAAGAGCCUGCCAUAACCAAACUUCCUGAGAUAUCUGACCGAUUGGAGGGAUUUUAUGGUCAAUGCUUUGGAGAAGAUCGCAUUGUUGUGAUCAAAGACUCUAUUCCUGUCGAAAAAAAGAAGUUAGAUCCCAGAAAGGCCUAUAUACAGAUUACUUUUGUGGAACCAUACUUUGAUGACUAUGAGAUGAAAGACAGAGUAACCCACUUUGAGAAAAACUUUGAUCUUCGACGUUUUAUGUACACCACCCCUUUUACGCAGGAUGGAAGUCCACGGGGAGAACUGAGUGAACAAUAUACGAGGAAGACCAUUUUGACCACAAUGCAUGCUUUUCCUUAUAUCAAAACUCGAAUCAAUGUAAUUCAAAAGGAAGAGUAUGUGUUGACGCCAAUUGAAGUAGCAAUUGAAGACAUGCAAAAGAAAACCCUUGAGCUAGCAGUUGCCACCAACCAAGUGCCUCCAGAUGCCAAAAUGCUCCAGAUGGUCCUUCAAGGUUCUGUAGGAGCUACUGUUAACCAGGGACCACUAGAGGUAGCCCAAGUGUUUCUGGCGGAGAUUCCAGAUGAUCCAAAACUUUACCGACAUCACAACAAACUGAGAUUAUGCUUCAAAGAGUUUAUAAUGAGGUGUGGAGAAGCACUGGAAAAAAACCGGCACCUGAUUACCCCUGAGCAAAAAGAAUAUCAUAAGGAACUGAAAAAGAACUAUGAGAAAUUAGCGAACAGCCUCAGACCAAUGAUUAGGAGGAAAAUCCCAGAGCUAUAUAAACCUCUUGUGAAAUGUAACAGUAUUUCAAGAGAUUCUUUCAAGAAUUCUAGUAUAAGGAAGUAUGAACUGCCCACACAGAAUUCUUAAGAAUAGUCUAAUGAAAACAAGCAAUCCUUUGGCAAACAUAAUCAAAUGAAGGAAGAUAUUGGUUGGUGUGCCAUGCAGGAAGCUCUUCUCACCAUUCCUGAGGACCACAUUUUGUAAAUAUCAUGCUACAUAUGAGUCAAAAUGGCAAUUAGCUGCAAGAGGGCAAAUUGCUGUGAUUUUUUUUUUCAGUUUAAUAUUUGUACCUGCAAAGAAAAUAUUCCUGCAUUUUCUCCAAAGAUAUAAAGGCCAGUUAACAGAUAUUGCAGAUAUUGUCUUCCAUCUUUGUAUGUUUGAAUAUCUCUGAAGACUACUUUGUGGAUCUUUGAUCACAGCAGUCCUAUGAAAAUGAUCAGAAUUAAUAUAAAGAGCAUUUGACUUAAUCAUGGAUGGCAUUCAAAUUAUAUGGACAGAUUCUCUGGGGAGUUCAAAUUUCAACAGUAACAAGAUUUAGCUCAAGUAAAAUCUGAUUGAGUUUAAUAGGUAAAUUAUGAAUAUGUACAAUUCCAAUUUGUUGCAUAAAAUCAACAAUCUUAAAUGCUUGACAUGUAGCAUUGCAAUGGGCCUAUUAAGCAAUUAUGUCAUAAAACCUGAGGUUUUAUUUUAUCUAAAAGGAUAAAAAAGCAAGUUUAAUAAAUUUGGGGAAAUAGGAUUUGAUAACAAUGGAGAGCCCAUCUUAAUUACAUUUUUUCUUACUGUUAUAGUUACAUUAUAAUAUACAUAACAGUUUUAUGUACAUAACAAUGUGAACUCACAGUUACCAGUUCUUUAGCUGGUGCUGGCCUUCAUAUACAUUGAGUUACUACUACUAUUAUUUUUAUUAUUAUUAUUAUAAAACUACUAGUAGAUUUAUUAUAAUUUGGAUAAGUGCUUAUUGCAAUUAUCAAGUGCUUCUUGAUAAUUGCAUAUUUCUGAAUAUUUGAUUAAAAAAAAUUUCUGUUACAUACCUGUGUAUAUGUAUAUAGUGUUGUGAAAUGUCCAAGUCUGUGACGGCAACUAAUUAUUUUGGCACUUUUAUACUUAAAGAUCUAAAUCAGUAUAUACAUUUUUUAAAUCAAAUAAAAUAUUAUUUUAG